UUUUCCAGUUUUCGUAUUUACUCCUACCAUUUCUAGUGGCAGCUCGCAGUUAUCAACGCCCCCACUUCGUCGUAGUCAUCACAGCCGUUAUUCACACUUGAACCUAGCUUGAUCAGGCUCGCCAGCACGAAAUCCCUGUCAAGUCUUCUGAUCAGCGAGAUUCCAGUACCAGUCAGUCAAGGCCUCUGCGUUCCGUGCGAGCUAUUGCGCGUUGCUCUCAACUGUGAGGGGGGGGGGGCCUUACGUCCACCUUUUCCUCUGGAGUUCUUCGACUUCAACACUGCCAAAGCAGCAUACGAAGAUCCUGGUCUCAGUAUGUUAUAUCUUGUCCCUCGUGUUCGUGGCUUCGAACCCUUGCCCUUGACUCUAGCUGUAUCGUCGAUGCAGAUUUUAUGUAUGGCUGCCGUUAUCUCUCCUGAGAGAGCGAUUUCAGCCCAUGUAGAAGUUGCUCAUGCUGACACUGCACUUUUCUUCCGCCAUUCGACUUUCGAGGACCAUGUUCGCUUGGAAGGGCUUACGGGUAGUGAUUCGAGUGGUACUUUUAACAGGCAGAAGAGCUGAUAAGGAGUCAUGUUUGCUUCUGAAGUAUCGUUCACCGAUCUCAGAGAGAAGAAUAACCACACUAACAAAUCUCACAUUUGUCAGUAUGAUAGUCAACAGUGAUGCACAUGCAGUUU